UAUUAAUUAAAUCUCAAAAAUAUUUUAGAAGUAUUGAGGACCCCCAAAGAGCUUUUCGUCAUGUGUGAUGGAUAAAUAUUCAGAUAAAUGGAAUAUUUUCUACAUUCGAAAUCAAAACUGACAACAUUUUAAACUAUUCAUUUGAUUUCUAAAAACAUGCUGGGUGUGGUUGCUCACACCUGUAAUUCCAACACUUUGAGAGGCAGGUGAAUCAAGUGAGGUCAGGAGUUCAAGACUAGCCUGGCCAACAUAGUCAAACCUCAUCUCUACUAAAAAUUAGCUGAGUAUGGUGGCAAGCACCUGUAGUCCCACCUACCUGAGAGGCUGACAUAGGAGAAUUGCUUGAACCUAGGAGGCAGAGGUUGCAGUGAGCUGAGAUUGCACUACUGCACUCCAGCCUAGGCAACAGCAAGGUUCCAUCUCAAAGAAAAAAAAGUAAAUUUAAAAAACAUAGCAAUAAUAAACAUGAUAAGGACUUGUUUUAUGAAAACAUAUUUUUCAAACAGCAUCAUGACGAAUGUCAUUGUUUUACACUUUUGUCAACAGAUUUGUAGAAAUUUGCAACUCUCUCAUACCUGGUUUAAUAGGAGACAGCUGGAUUUUCAGAUUUGUGGCUGCAUUCAAUCUGUGUUGGAAAAUUCUACCAGACACUUGAGAUAAUGAGAACAAAAAAAUUAACAAUAUAUUAAUAUUGUUAUAAAAAUAGUUUUGACGUAGCAGGCUGCCUGACAGGGCCUUGAUAACUCCCAGGAACCUCCAGACCACACUUUGUGAAGUACUAUUAGAAACACGCACAAGUAUUAAUUGUUGAAAUAAUGUAACAUCUGGGAUUUGCUUCAAAAUUUCCGACACUGCGGGGCAGACACUGAGCAGACCAGAUUCCACUUGCUUGUGGGCAUUGCUCAGCUUCCUCUGUGACCAUGUCUGACAAGCCCGACGUGGAUGAGAUCGGGAAACUCAGUAAGUCAAAACUAAAGAAGACAGAAAUUCAAGAGAAAAAUCCACUGCCUUCCAAGGAACUGAUCAAACAGGAGAAGCAAGCAGGCUUUGUCAUGUGGUGUGCACCGCCAACAUGCCCUGCUCAUUCCAUAAAGCAUUGCUUUCUAUUUUACUUCUUUUAGAUGUCUAAUUUUGAAUAAUGCA